UGGAUAAGGAAAUCUUCACCAUGAUCACCGUGUUCGAUCUGCAGGGCCUGUGCGAGUACGAGCGGGUGGUGGAAAACGAUGCCAUCGCAUUGCUGCACCCAAUGAAGGUGUUCAUGCUAGGCCUCAAGUGGUUGAUUGCCGAGAUCGCCAUGAUGCUGUCCCGGUUUGACUUUUGGGUGCACGGUAUACCCAGUCCGGACUACUUUGGACAUGAGUACGAUGACUAUGACGAUACGCGCCCAUCCAAACCGAAAAAGAUACACGUGGCGAGAGGAGGAGUACUUCAACCGCCCGAAAGAGAUCAAGAAGGAGAUCGUUUACGAGCCGUGUGA